GUUCCUGACAAGUGUGUUUUGUUUGUUCUUUUGAUAAGCGGAAAAAUACCCCGCGGUAAUUGAAAUACGCCGUUGUGUUUCUCUUUGAAGUCUAUUGAAUGUCCUACCACCAUCAAUGAGGAUAUGAUGACCGACAAUGAUAGGGCAAGCACAUCGUAUGGUCACCAAAUAGAGCGAAUACGUGAAUCGCAGUUACCACAUUGGCGAGGCAGCUUACAUCUCGAUGCUACCGCCUCAGCUCCCGUUCCGCGUUGCGUUCUGAAUGCUGUUCACGCAAAUCAACUCGAAAGCACACCUCCCUCAAAUCCACACAGCAAUAGUCCAAGUGGCAGAAAGACUCGACAAGAAAUCGAUAAUGUCCGUAAACUGAUUUGCAACGAAUUCUUUGGCGUUCAAAGAAAGGCAGGAAUCAUUACUGAUGGAAAAGGACAAGAUGCGGGAUGGGAAGUAGUAUUCAAUAGCGGUACAACGGCAGGGCUACAGCUCAUUGCUCGAUCUUUUGAUUUCGGGAAGUAUGGAAGGUUUGCAUACUUAGAUCAAAGCCAUUCAAGUCUCUAUGGCUUACGCGAUAUCGUUCAAGUUGAAAGACAAUCGGGAGCAUACGGCGUAGACGCUUUGAGAGAGGAGGAAGUGUUGGAUUGGGUAAGGGAUUCUGCGUCUUCGACUGGUCAGUCACUUUUAGCGCUACCUCUUCAGUGCAAUGCAACAGGAAAAAGGUAUCAUAGACUCCUCUCUCGCAUCCUAAAGACCAGGGACGGUAUCGAACAAAAGACUGGAGAGCGGAAAGUGUUCAUUCUACUCGAUGCUGCUUCUUACUUAUCGCCUUCUAGUCGCAUGAAGCUGAGAGAAGAUGACAAUCAUGAAGUAGAUUUCAUCUGCUUUUCAUUUAUAAAAAUUCUUGGAUAUCCUUCCGGCCUGGGUGCAACACUCAUUCAAAGAGCAUCAGCUUUCGCUUUGACUGGCAAAUCAUAUUAUGGAGGAGGAACACUGGAAGCAAGCACUUCACGUAUGCAAUGGAGGCAGCCUAUGCGAGAGUUACACGAAUCACUAGAAGAUGGUACGCUGAACAUUCAUGGCAUUCUCGCAGUUCCUCCCGCUUUGAGCGCGAUUCGAUCCGAGGGAGUGCUUGGAUGUUGGGAAAAGGCUAGUGAAUAUGUUGAUCAUCUGACAGGAUAUCUAUGGAACAGCUUGAAAUCACUAAAACAUGCUGACGGAAGUCCGAUCUGCGAGAUCUACUCUGCCGAGCCGGAAGAGUGGAAGGAGUGCAACAUGCUCAGUCAAGGUCCUUGUAUACUGUUCAAUGUCUUACGAGCACAAGGUACACACAAGGACAAGACACUAAGCGAAUAUCGUAUAGAUCCGUCAGAAGUGGAUCGACUUGCUUGUUUGGACGAUAUACAUAUCCGAUCAGGUCGUAUGUGCAAUGUGGGUGCCAUUACUGCAUCUUUGGGGAUAAAGGAAGAUGAUGUCGUCGCACUAUGGAAUCAAGGUAUCGGAUGCGGCAAUAUUCAGCAUUCCAACAAUGCAAGCACUCUUCGUACGGAUGAUCCAUGCGAAUAUGCUAGAUUAGCAGCAUUGGUCAAUGGUGCAAUUCGUGUCAGCAUAUCAGCUUAUAAUACGACAGCUGAUAUUGACAAAUUCGUUGCAUUCUUGGAAAAGUACUUUUAUUGUGGUGAAAUAGAAGAUGAAGAAGAUCUAUUCGUCGAAUGUCAGGGCUCGGUUGAUAUUGAUGACAACAAAUCCGACAUUGCUUUUACCGAUGAUAAUAGCGAUGAAUCACAUCCUCAAAGCAAGACAAGUUCAUGUCAAACUUCAAUUUAUGAUAACGCAAACGAUUGUCUUUUACAAAAGAUGUUUAUUUGUCCGAUCAAAUCUUGUGCAGCUCAAGAGAUCACGGGACCCUGGAAAGUGACAGAUACGGGAUUGUCAUACGAUCGUGAUUUUUGCAUCGUUGAUUUGUCGAACGGAAAAGUGUUGAGUCAGAAACGUGUGACAAGCAUGGCUCGCAUUCGACCUCAAGUGUGUAUCGAGAGGGGAACUUUGGAAAUCGGAUUCUAUGCAGAGGAUGGCAAAGAGCUGCAAAAGUCACUGACUGUACCUUUGACAAUCACAGACACAGACCCUUCUUUAUCCGACAGUACGAACGGAGAAAGGCAAUUUGACAUGUGUGGCACUUCUUUACAUCCUCGGCUCAUAAUGGAUGAAGAUGUGCGUUUGGCUUUUUCUGACUUCCUUGGUCUGGAUUGUACUUUAGCCCGCUCACCACUCAGUCACCGUUCAGCAGAUGGGAUCCCGAUCAAACUGAGCAACGAAAGUCCAUUUUUGAUGAUCACUACAGAAUCAGUCGCUCAAAUCUGUCAAUGGAUGAAAGAAGAUGGAAAAGCGGAAGUCGACUUUGAUAAAGUAGCCUCAGCUUUUCGCGCGAACUUCAUCAUUUCUCAGCAAGAAAGCGGCGAAGAAGGAUUCUAUGAGGAUGCAAUGACAAAAAUACGCAUUGGUCAACACCAAUUCACCGUGAUCGGACCGUGCCGCAGAUGUGAAAUGAUUGCUUUGGAUCCGCUCACGGGCAAUAAAACCCCUCAAGUGAUGUCCGCUGUUGCGAAACAUCGUAGAUGUAAGGAGUCGGGACCGUACAAGAGCAAACUUCUGUUUGGACAGCAUCUCAUUCGUCAUUCUGCCACUAUAUCCACUGUCUCAGAUCUUAUUAAGCCAGGCAUGCGAGUGGUAGCAGAAGCAAAUUAAAUGACACAUCUGUAUUUUAUGAAAUAGUUAAUUGAUAGCAU